UUUCAAGAUAUACAUUACCAUCAACUUCCCCAAAUCAGUUAAUUCGUUCACCUACAAUUCCAAGGUUAGAUUGCUUCCAUUCAUACGAAAAGAAUACAACUUUGCAACACUUUCGAUCACUAAAUUCUCCAUCUUUCUUCGCAAUUUCCAAGGUAUUUUCUUCACACACCUCUGAUCUUUGUUCAAUUACAGAUCUUUACUAAAACCCCCAAUUAAAGAUUCAUUAAGUUCUUGAUUUGAUUGAAGAUCAGCAUCAGUUUGAAACCCUAUAAACCCUAAAUACCCUAAUUUUGUUUGUUGUGUGUAUCAUUGUUGUUAAAUGGAUCAUAAUUACAAUCCAUACCCUUAUGGAUACCGACCCAAUUCAGCUCCAUAUCCACCUCCUGUGAAUUACCCUGAAUACCCACCACCCCCUUCAAAUUAUCCUCAAUACCCACCUCCCAAUUCAGAUCCUUAUGCACCGUAUCCGUAUCAACCGCCACAUCGGCCGCCAGUUUCAGCCCAGCCGGAGUACCAGUACCCCCCUCCACAACCCUUUUCCGGUGUGCCGCCAGGCCCACCACCGGGCCCGCCACCGUAUCAGUACAACGGAUAUGGGUACCCGCCCCCGCCCCCAUCGCUACAACAUUAUCAAGAAAGCUCUGCUCCGCCGUUACCGUCGGCGGAGAUACACUCGAAUAGUUUUAACUACCACCAAGAAAGUGGCGGCGGUGGCGGUGGUGGCGGUGGUGGUAGUGGAAGCUACGCUGUCAGUCGCCCACCGCCACAACACUAUCAAGAAAGCUCCGCUCCGCCCUUACCAUCGGCGGAAAUACAAUCGAAUAACUAUCAUCAUCAAGUAAGUAGUGGUGGGCCCGCCAUGAGCCAUGGUGUCCCUCACCUUUCUUCCGUGAGCAAUGAUGGUUAUUCGUCGAGCAGUUCUACCCCGUUGUACCCUUCGAUAGAUCAUCAAUUUGCUAAUUUGUCUGUGGCGGAAAAUGUACCGUCUGCACCCGCUUCUCCACCUGCACCAGCGGCGGUGACACCGCCUGUCGGCCCGAUGUAUCAAAGUGCGAGUGCGAAGUAUGAAUCCGGUAGUUAUCAUGGGCAUUAUCAUAGUGAUUCUUUUUCUAGUUAUGACGGGUCGCUUUCUCAUAGUGGAUCUCUUGAUUUAUCUCAACAUCAUACUUUUACGCAUUCGCCGUCGUUCAUUGAUCCGCAAAGUAAUCAAAUGGUCCCGUUCACGUCUUCGCCUUCUAAAAAGGCGUUAAAAGUUCUACUUCUACAUGGGAAUUUGGAGAUAUGGAUACACGAGGCGAAAAACCUUCCGAAUAUGGAUAUGUUUCAUAAAACAAUGGAGGAAGUUCUCAAUUAUUUACCGGGAAACCGAAGUAAAAUAACUAGUGAUCCAUACGUCUCUGUCGCGGUAACAACUGCCGUGGUUGCUAGAACUUACGUAAUUAGUAACUCCGAAAACCCUGUUUGGAAACAACAUUUUAACGUCCCCGUUGCGCAUAAUGCUGCCGAAGUUAAUUUUCUUGUUAAGGAUAGUGACGUUGUCGGGUCUCAACUUAUCGGAACCGUAACGAUCCCGGUCGAACAACUAUACUUAGGAACCAGAAUCGAAGGGCUUUUUCCGAUACUUGGUGCAAACGGAAAACCAUGCAAAGCGGGAGCGGUGUUGGGACUUACGAUUCAAUACUUUUCGAUUGAAAAGUUGAGUUUAUAUUAUAACGGGAUUGGAGCGGGCCCGCAAUAUGUAGGAGUUCCCGGGACCUAUUUCCCGUUAAGGCGAGGUGGCAGGGUGACGUUAUAUCAAGAUGCGCAUGUGCACGACGGGUCUCUACCUGAUAUUAGGCUUGAUCAAGAUAGGCAUUAUGUGCAUGGGUCUUGUUGGAAUGAUAUAUUUGAUGCAAUAAGUAAUGCCCGACGUCUUAUAUAUAUAACGGGUUGGUCUGUGUGGCACAAAGUGAAAUUAGUCCGUGGGAUGGCACAAAGUGAAAGUAGUCUUGGAGAUCUAUUGAAAAUGAAAUCACAAGAAGGUGUGAGAGUUUUGCUUCUUGUUUGGGAUGAUCCUACUUCUACAAAUAUUUUGGGCUACAAAACGAAUGGACAAAUGGCUACCCAUGACGAAGAAACUCGGCGAUUUUUUAAGCACUCUUCAGUUCAAAUAAUUCUUGUUCCUCGCAUAGCUGGAAAAAGACACAGUUGGAUGAAGCAGCAGGAAGCUAAUAUCUAUACACACCACCAGAAAACUGUGAUUGUCGAUACGGAUGCAGGAUAUGGUAAAAGAAGAAUUGUAGCUUUUGUCGGAGGACUUGAUCUGUGUGACGGCCGAUAUGAUUCUCCAGAACAUCCGUUGUUUAGGACUUCAAAAACAGUUCAUGCGGAUGACUUCCAUAAUCCUACUUUCACGGCUAAUAUUGCGGGUUGUCCAAGAGAACCAUGGCAUGACAUGCAUAGUAAAAUCGAUGGUCCAGCAGCAUAUGAUGUCUUGACCAACUUUGAGGAACGAUGGCUAAAGGCCUCAAAACCUCAUGGUAUCAAAAAACUAAGAAGUACAUAUGACGAUUCUUUACUCAAACUAGAAAGGGUGCAAGAUCUUUUGGGUAUAAAUGAUCAACCUUACCAUGAUGAACGGGAUCCUGAAGGGUGGCAUGUGCAGAUAUUCCGUUCAAUUGAUUCGAACUCCGUUAAAGGAUUUCCAAAAGAUCCGAAGGAAGCUACAAGCAAGAAUUUGGUUUGUGGGAAGAACGUGUUGAUUGAUAUGAGCAUACACACGGCAUACGUGAAGGCUAUCCGUUCCGCCCAGCAUUUCAUAUACAUCGAGAACCAAUACUUUAUCGGAUCAUCAUUUAACUGGAAUUCACAUAAAAGCCUAGGUGCCAACAAUUUGAUUCCAAUGGAAAUUGCCCUGAAAAUUGCUAGUAAAAUUAGAGCACGUGAACGGUUUGCUGUAUAUAUCGUCAUCCCCAUGUGGCCAGAGGGCGUCCCUACAGGCUUUGCUACGCAACGUAUUCUAUAUUGGCAGAACAAGACGAUGCAAAUGAUGUAUGAGACUAUUCACAAGGCAUUGGUAGAAGUUGGGCUCGAUGGGGUAUCUUCACCGCAAGAUUACUUGAACUUUUUUUGUCUUGGGAACCGUGAAGCCAUGGGCCCACACGAUGACGUAGGCGGCGAGAGCCCUGGUUCAGGAAAUACUCCACAGGGACUUGCGCGGAAGAGCCGCCGGUUCAUGAUCUACGUUCAUUCAAAAGGCAUGAUAGUUGACGAUGAGUACGUAAUUAUCGGAUCUGCAAACAUUAAUCAACGGUCUAUGGAGGGAACCCGAGACACAGAGAUUGCGAUGGGAGCGUACCAACCUCAUCAUACUUGGGCCACAAGACUCUCGAAUCCACGGGGACAGAUUUAUGGAUACCGAAUGUCUCUUUGGGCCGAGCAUCUUGGGCUUGUGGAUGAUCGAUUUACACAGCCCGAAUCAUUGGAAUGUGUAAGAUAUGUGAGAUCGUUGUCUGAAGCUAACUGGAGACAGUUUGCAGCUGAUGAGGUGUCAGAAAUGAGGGGACAUUUACUAAAAUACCCUGUUGAAGUGGGUCCAAGUGGCAAGGUAAGUUCUCUUCCGGGAUGUGUAAACUUCCCAGAUGUUGGCGGUCAGAUUGUCGGGUCGUUCACUGUGGUUCAAGAGAAUUUGACUAUUUGAUUAGUGUUUUUGGGCAAUUUUGACUUUUCAAGAUUAGGGUUCUUGUUGUUGAGUGGUGGUGGUUAUGAUGUUAGUGGUUGCAAAUAGUUUGAUGUUCAUGUUGUGUUUGCAUAUAUGUACAUUUGACUACCUUUUGUUUUAUUCAAAUGACACCAAGACCCCCUUUAA